GUCACUCGUCAAAUGCCGAUGCACGUCGCCCCGCGCUAGGAGCGCGAUUUUGGGGUAAUGUUGCCGACUAUCCAUGCGCGUUGUACAAUCGCAAGAUUUCGUUGGGCUUCUGAAGAAGCUGGUUUCCUCGCUGCAGGGCUGCAAGACUAGAACCAUCCAGCACACACAUUGAAAACAUCUUCAAGCUGAGAAACGAUGACGAACGUCAAGGACCUGUUCUCGCUCGAGGGGCAGACUGCUCUCGUCACAGGCGGGACCAGAGGAAUUGGACAGUCCAUGGCAAUUGCCCUCGCAGAAGCAGGCGCAGACAUCCUCCUCGUACAGCGAGACACCUCCAACCAAUCGACCAAGCAAGAAAUCGAAAAGCUCGGCCGCAAAGUAACAAUCUACACCGCAGACCUCUCCUCCGCCGAAUCCGUCUCCGCUCUCCUCCCAAAGAUCCUCAAAGAUGGCCACAGAAUCCACAUUCUGCUCAAUUGCGGCGGUAUCCAGAAGCGGCACCCCGCGCACCAGUUCCCGGACGACGACUGGCAGUCCGUCCUCCAAGUCAACCUCACCUCUGUCUUCACACUCUGCCGCGACGUCGGCGCCCACAUGCUCCAGCAACCCACCGACCUCGCCCCCAACUCCACCCGCCGCGGCGCCAUCAUCAACAUCGCGAGUCUGCUGUCAUUCCAAGGUGGGCUCACGGUGCCUGCGUACGCCGCGUCCAAGGGCGGUGUCGCGCAGCUGACAAAAGCGCUGUCCAACGAAUGGGCGAGCAAGGGCAUCAACGUCAAUGCGAUUGCGCCGGGGUAUAUCGCGACGGAGAUGAAUACCGCGCUCAUGCAGGAUGAGAAGCGGGCGAAGAGCAUUCUGGAGCGGAUUCCGGCGGGACGGUGGGGGAGUCCAGAGGAUUUCAAAGGCGCCGUGGUGUGGUUGGCGAGUCCGGCGAGUGCAUAUGUGAGCGGGGAGGUUGUUACUGUUGAUGGCGGGUGGAUGGGGCGGUAGAUACUGUAUAUGCUAUUCGUCUGUUAAUUCGCAGUACUUUGCUGCAUGGCUUUCUCGACUGAUCUGAUAAAACACGAGUUGGAUGGUUCGAACAAAGCACUCCACGCCGCCGUGCCUGGAGGUUAGUGUUCGUGGGUACAAUUACAACGGCGGUGGCUAGAGUACUAGCUACAGCACUGCACCACUAAAUCAAGACAGUGGCCACUUGCGAACUACACUAUUUAUUCCGCUCUACCCGCU